AUGCCUCAGGGGACAUUUCCAAACUCUACCUCAUCCUCACAGAUGCCGAUCUUGACGACUACUGUAUCAUGUCUCAACGGAACAUUCUCAACUUCAGAAAAUCAUCUCUCACAGACUAAUCCGAUCUUGCUCGAUCACUGUCUUAUGCCUCAGGAGACAUUCACAAACUCUACCUCCUUCCCGGAGUACGCAGAUCUUGGCCGAUCGCUGACGCGUGUCUCAGGACAAUUAACAUGUUCCGAAUCUCAGGAACUUCUUUUUUCUUCUACAAACGCGAACGCCGCAUUCCCAAUAUUUCUUGCUAAUUGUUUCAUUUGA